AUGGGUGAUGAUCAAGCUCUCGUCGCCAGUUGGCUUCAUGAAGAAUCAACAUGGCAGCAACAAUUUCGAGGUUGGGAUUUUUCGCAACUAACCUCCAGUGGACGAAUAUCAUUUAACAUGUCCGAAGAACAAUUAGGUUGGGAUUAUACAAAGAUUAUUUGUCAAACAGCUGCACAAUUUGCAGAUUCAGACGAUGAGAAUAAGAGCAAUGAAAUUUAUUUGCUUGAUUUGGGAACAGGUGGUGGUGAAUAUUUAGAAGGAACACUAGCAAGACUUCCAAGCAACGAGAAAAAGUUGAUAGUAUACGCAACAGAAUCAUAUGAACCGAAUUUUCAAUUAGCUAAGCAACGUUUAACACCUUACGGUGUGACUGUUAUUCAAAGUGAAUCGGAUAGUCUGAAUAGUUUGCUACCAUUUACAGACGAUGGACCGAAAUUUGACUUGAUAAUCUCUCGUCACACAUGUUACAAUAUUCGCGAAGUUGAUCGUCUCCUUAAAUUCAAAACUGGAAUCUUUAUAACGCAACAAGUCGAUGGAACAUCUGGACAAGAUUUAAUUGAACUAUUUGGCCAUCAGCCACAAUGGCCAUUUUUUACUCUUGCUUAUGCUUCUCUAACACUGAAAAAUCAAGCACCAUCCAUGAAAUUGAUUAGAGCACAAGAGUCAGAAACAAAGUUAGUGUUUAAAGAUAUUGGUGCAUUGAUCAUUUAUUUGCAUGCUGUACCGUGGAUGGUAGAAGAUUUUAGUGUACAAAAAUAUCAAGAUGUUCUAUUGAAAUUAUAUCAUAAUGAACAAAAAGAACUGGCAUUUACUAGUAAAUAUAUGUUGUUAAAGGCAAUUAAACUAGCGGACAAAUGA